GUGAAGUUAGAGCAGUUCAGUCUUCCUCUCUCUAUCGGUGGAUUAGUAGGAGCAGAGUGUUAUGCUGUUUCUCCCAUUCUGCACUGUUCCCCCGGAGAUAAGAGAACUCUGGCUGGAGGCCCUCCGAGGGCAGAGCUAAGUCCACACGGGAGCAAAAUUCAUCCCUGGACAGUCAGCCCAAAAUCUAAUGAAGUUGAUAAGCAGCUGCAAUGCUUCAAAAACACUAAAUGCCAAUAAUAUGGAGACAUUGAUCGAAUGUCAGUCAGAGGACGAUAUCAAGGAACAUCCUCUGUUGGCAUCAUGUGAGAGUGAAGAUAAUAUUAGCCAGCUAAUUGAAAUUAAGAAAAGAAAGAAGGUGCUGUCCUGGCCCUUUCUCAUGAGAAGACAUUCUGCUGUGUCAGAUUUUUCUGGGGCUUCAGAACCUGAAUUAAAAACAUCACUAUUUGAUCAGCCCUUGUCAAUCAUCUGUGGUGAGGAUGACACACUCCCCAGACCCAUUCAGGAUAUUCUCACUAUUCUGUGCCUUAAAGGACCAUCCACGGAAGGGAUCUUCAGGAAAGCAGCCAAUGAGAAAGCCCGCAAAGAGAUCAAGGAGGAGCUCAACUCGGGAGGCAUGGUAGAUCUGAAAAGUCUCCCUGUGCACCUUCUGGCUGUGGUCUUUAAGGACUUCCUCAGAAGUAUCCCACAGAAGCUACUUUCAUGUGACCUGUUUGAGGAGUGGAUGGACGCGCUGGAGAGGCAGAAUGAAGAGGACAGAAUUGAGGCCCUGAAACAGGUUGCAGAUAAGCUCCCCCGGCCCAACCUCCUGCUGCUCAAGCACCUGAUCUCCGUGCUCUACCUUAUCAGCAAGAACUCCGAGAUCAAUAAGAUGGAUGCCAGCAAUCUAGCUAUCUGCGUCGGACCCAACAUGCUGACCCAAGAGAAUGACCAACACCUGUCUUUCGAAGCCCAGAAAGACUUGAACAACAAGGUUAAAACAUUGGUGGAAUUCCUGAUCGAUAACUGCUUGGAAAUAUUUGGGGAGAACAUCCCGGCACAUUCCAGUACUGCUUCUGAUGACUCCCUGGAACACACUGACAGUUCAGACAUGUCAACGCUGCAGAAUGACUCAGCCUAUGACAGCAAUGAUCCUGACAUGGAAUCCAGCGGUGCCAUCAGAUCCCCAAACAGGCGGCCCCAGGUGCCCUUGGAGACAGCUGCCAGCUGGGAGCCCAGAGGCCUGCAGCUCGCUUGGGAGUUGAGCCCAGAGCCCAUUGUCAGCACUGUAGCCAGGCUGAAAAACUCCCUCAGGGAACCAGACAGGAGCUACUCAGAGCCCAGCAUGUCAUCCUCACAGGAGAGCCUUGAGAGCCAGAAAACUCACCAAAAACUAACACGAAGUGAGGAUGACUUCACCAUGGCCCAGGCAGGGGCUUGUUUGGAAGGUGAGGAAGCUGAAGACCCAUUUCCAGAGGAGGUGUUUCCUGCAGUUGAAGGCAAAACUCAGAGGCCACAGGACCUGAAGGUGAGGAACUCGACUCAGGGUUUGGGGUUACUGUGGGGACUGGCGCCCAAAGCCUCCUCCAGUGGCUCUCUGGAUGCUUCCUCUGACAGCUCCCCCGUGGCUUCUCCUUCCAGUCCCAAAAGAAAUUUCUUCACCAGACAUCAGUCUUUCACAAAGGCAGAGAAAAGUAAACCCAACAGAGAGAUUAAAAAACAUUCCAUGUCAUUCUCUUUUGCCUCUCACAAAAGAGUGUUGACCAAAACCCCCAGCUCUGUGUCUGUGAAAUCCAAAGGCUUUACAAGAGACCAAGUAAAGAAAGGCUUUAAAAAAGAAAGCCAGCUUGCUGGGCGAAUCAUCCAAGAGAACUUGUCUGAAAUCCAGGGCCAAACAGCUCUAGACUUUAGCUCCAGAUCCUAUGCCCUCUCAGUCGAGGAUGUGGUCCAGCAAGUGGAUCAGAGAAGCCCUGGGAGUCCGCCAUCUUAUGAAGAGGCCAUUCGGUGCCAGGCAUUGGACCUCUCGGCCCACGGGGGCCAAACAGUUGGCAGCAUGAGGGCUAGAAUGCUCCGCCGGGACACUCAACUACCACCUCUCCUACCUUUUCACCAUGGAGGGAAUUCAAAAGAUAUAUGCAGUCAAGAGCCACUUGAUAGGCACAGACUAUCUCCCAGGACUGAGAGUUGGAAACAGAGCAGGACUGUCCAUGCUUCUGUUGAAACGAUAGGACAAGUGACUGUCACAGGGAGACCAGAGCUGUACCGGCUAAGAACUAUAUCUGAGUCAAAUCAGAAGACUAAGCUGGACCACUUAGUGCGGCGAUGUAGUCAGCCGGUCUUUGAGGCUGACCAAUUCCAGUAUGCUAAAGAAUCCUACAUUUAG